AUGUCUAAACUUCAUUCUCCCGCCGGCGAUGAGUCUCCGGCGUGCCAGCGAUCGCCAGUACUCCCCCAGGAUCUCAUCUUCGAAAUCCUUCUUCGGCUUCCGGUGAGAUCCCUUCUGCAAUUCAUGUGCGUAUGCAAAUCUUGGAAAACCCUAAUCUCCGAUUCCCAAUUUGCGAAGGACCACCUUCGCACCUCAACCGCGGAUUCAAACAUGACCCACCAACGAUUGGUCUCUUCCGUCCCUUACGACCGCUUCAAAAUCGAAUUUUUCUCUGUGCAGUCUCUGUUUCAGAACCCAUCAAUCCCUAUCAAAGGUCUUACCUGUUGGAUGAGUCACUGCUUCGAAAUUCUAGGUUCUUGCAAUGGGUUACUGUGUAUGCAUGACCCUAAUGAAGAUAAUAUCAUAUUAUGGAACCCUUCUACCAGAUUGAGAUCCAAAAGAAUGCCAAACCGUGUUUCUCUUGAUGAUGUUACUUGUCAUGGUUUUGGUUACGAUCACGUGAAUGACAAGUACAAGUUGUUUAUAGUUGUGGAUGGUGAGCGCAUAUAUGUGACAAAAAUAUUUAACUUCAGUUCAAAUUCUUGGACAGUGAUUCAGAAUUUCCCUUGUCGUAAUGCUUAUAGUAGGUUAGGAAAAUUUGUGAGUGGAACUCUGAAUUGGAUAACUUGGGGAGGUGUUCUUAACAAAGAUCAAUGGAUGGUUCUUUUCUUUGAUCUGGGAAAGGAGAGUUAUGGUGAAGUAUUGCUGCCUGAUGGGGGCCACGACAAAGAUUUCAUUUCCACGCUUAAUGUCAUUCGUGACUGUCUUUGUUUUUGUUUGCUUGAUUCCAAGAAAGCUCACUGGGCAUUGUGGCUGAUGAAGGAGUAUGGGGUUCAUGAGUCUUGGACUAAAUUGAUGAUAAUACCUGACAUUGGGUCUGGAUGGUAUUAUUUCUCCUUGGACCCUUUGUGCAUUUCGGAAAAUGGUGUUGUUCUGUUGAGAACUACACCUCCCAAAUUAGUUCUGUAUAACUCAAAUGAUGGUAGGUUCGAUUAUCCUAGGAUUUGGGACAAACUUGGGUUGGAUGUGCAUGUUUACCAUGAAAGUUUGUUUUCACCUCAAAUUUGA